GCCACACUAACUUUUGGCUUGCUAUUGUUUACAUUAAUUUAUUUCGACUUCUUAUUACCAACAGUAAGUCAAACCGGCGGUUCCUUAUCAUUUGCAUGAAGCUAAGCGAGUAGUAGGAUACACACAAGAAGCUAAACCUUAAAAGACUACUCCUGCUAAAAAAAAAAACGGAAUCUCAGUUUCCCAGACUUUUUUGACAUGGCUGAUGAUCCAGAAAACUCAGUGGAUAGACCCACAGACGACGGAGAUGCCAGCAAACCGGAAAAGAUGUUUACACUGAAGAAAUGGAAUGCAGUUGCAAUGUGGAGUUGGGAUGUGGAAUGCGAUAUCUGUGCCAUUUGCCGAGUUCAAGUUAUGGAUUCCUGCCUUCGCUGCCAGGCGGACAACAAGCGGGAUGUGAUGGGUCGCCAGGACUGCGUGGUGGUUUGGGGCGAGUGCAACCACUCCUUUCACCACUGCUGCAUGUCGCUGUGGGUCAAGCAGAACAACCGAUGCCCGUUGUGCCAGCAGGAGUGGUCCAUCCAGCGCAUGGGAAAAUAA